AAAUAGUCACAAAAAAAAACCUUGCGCAUGCGCUUUGCGGGUACCGCGACCCGUAUGCCCCCCGUGCGGUUGCCCUUGCUCGGCAUACUUUCUUCGGCCGGCCGCCGGUAUGGCGUACUCAACGCGGAUUUACUCCAACAUGGUGGCACAGAAACUCUGCAACCAUGUGCGAUUCUUUCACGCAUCUCCCGCAUCUUUGGCCGCAGCACACAAGGUUGCCAUCAGCAAGUUCGAGCCCGACAACUACCUUCCCUAUGACAAGCUUCAGCAAAACCUGCAGGUUGUCAGAAAGAGGCUGAACAGGCCGCUGACCCUGUCGGAGAAGAUCUUGUACUCUCACCUGGACCAGCCCGAGACCCAGGAGAUCGAGAGGGGCACCAGCUACCUGCGGCUACGGCCGGACAGGGUGGCCAUGCAGGAUGCCACCGCGCAGAUGGCCAUGCUUCAGUUUAUCUCCAGUGGCCUCAAAAGGGUGGCGGUUCCUUCCACCAUCCACUGCGACCACUUGAUCGAGGCACAGGUGGGAGGAGCCAAGGACUUGGCUCGUGCCAAGGACCUGAACAAGGAGGUGUACAACUUCCUCAGCACGGCCGGCAGCAAGUACGGCGUCGGCUUCUGGAAACCCGGCAGUGGCAUCAUUCACCAGAUCAUUCUGGAGAACUACGCCUUUCCCGGUGUGCUGCUCAUCGGAACAGACAGCCACACUCCCAACGGAGGUGGUCUGGGUGGCCUGUGCAUCGGAGUUGGUGGUGCUGAUGCUGUGGACGUAAUGGCUGACAUUCCCUGGGAGCUCAAGUGCCCCAACGUCAUUGGAGUCAACUUGACCGGCAAAAUGUCUGGCUGGACGUCAGCCAAGGACAUCAUCCUCAAGGUUGCUGGCAUUCUGACCGUCAAGGGUGGUACGGGCGCCAUCGUGGAGUACUUUGGACCUGGUGUGGAGUCCAUUUCUUGCACAGGUAUGGGAACCAUCUGCAACAUGGGUGCCGAAAUUGGAGCCACCACGUCCGUCUUCCCCUACAACAGCCGCAUGAAAGACUACCUAGCCGCCACAAACCGCAAAGACAUUGCCGAAGCAGCCGACCAGAACAAGGAGCUGCUGACCCCCGACUCCGGCUGCAAGUACGACCAGGUCAUCGACAUCAACCUGAGCGAGUUGGAGCCCCACGUAAACGGGCCCUUCACCCCCGACUUGGCCCACCCCAUCUCCCAGCUUGGGAAGAAUGCCAAGGAAGCCGGCUGGCCCAUGGACAUCCGUGUGGGCCUGAUUGGCAGCUGCACCAACAGCAGCUACGAGGACAUGAGUCGAGCGGCGUUCCUGGCAAAGCAGGCCCUGGACCACGGGGUGAAGGCCAAGUGCGCUUUCACGGUCACCCCCGGCUCUGAACAGAUCAGGGCCACCAUCGAACGGGACGGCCAAUCCAAGAUCUUCGACGAGUUUGGCGGCAUGGUGCUUGCCAAUGCCUGCGGUCCCUGCAUCGGACAGUGGGACAGGAAGGACAUCAAGAAGGGGGACAAGAACACGAUCGUGACGUCGUACAACCGCAACUUCACGAGCCGCAACGACGGCAAUCCGGCCACCCACGCCUUCGUCACCUCCCCCGAGCUGGUCACCGCCCUGGCCAUCGCGGGGCGCCUCGACUUCAACCCCAUGACCGACGAGCUCACGGGGUCCAAAG